AUGUCUUCUCCCUCUGCCGCUGCCGCUGCUGCCUCUGCCACCUCUCCUCGCUCUUCUCACUCUGCAAGCAGAGUGAACCCUUUUGUCAACCCCGAAACGGGGGUCCUCUAUGGCCUCGAAGAAGGCGAGGACCAAUCUGUCGACGACGAGGUCGACAACCUUUCUCCUCUCGACCGCCCUCUCACACUCGAGGGGGUGACCCUUCUCACCCAAGAUGAGGAGGGCCCUCUCGACACCGUGGAGGGUGUCAACACUUCCCCCCCUGUCGCCUCUACCACCGCCACCCGCCAUGCCUCGAUGGAGGGGGAGAAGACGUGGUCGUUUGCCGCUCUGCCGCCUGCCGCUGGCAAUGAGGCUGCCGAAGGAGUUGUUGCUGGUGCUGGUUCUGCUGGUGACGUCGCUGCUGGCAUUGUUCUUCCCCCGGGUCCCGUCGCCGCCAACGACGACGACGACGACAACGAGGCCAUCCUGGAUGGUCUCGUUGCAGAUUUUCAAGAACGAUUGGCCAGGGCCUUGGUAGAGCCUCGGCACCGAUUGGGAGGGGAGAAGGAGGAGGAGGGAGAAGGAGAAGAGGAAGAAGACGACGACAACGACAACGACGACGAAGAGGACGCAGAUGAUGGGGGGUGGCACGCCCCGGACGACUACAUGUCGGAUGGGGAGGAAGAAGAGGAAGGAGAGGAUGAGGGUGCCACCCCCUUCGUCUGGGAAGACCUCCCUGCGACCGCCGCGGUGGAACGCUUGCGAACCGGGUUCGAGGCGUUGGCGGCCGUACGGGAGGAGAUCGACGCCCUUGAUGUCGCCGUCGCCGCCGCCGCCGACAACAACGACAACGACGACAACAACAACGAGGGCCCCCGGCGACAGGGUCCAGGACGUGGUACCCCUGCAGCCGUGAGGGCUCGCUCUGGUCUCCUCCUCGCCGAGGAGGGGCUCACCGCGGCCUUCCGGAUGCAGUUGGACACCACCGACUGGCUCUGGGGUGCUCUCGAGGCGGCCCAUCAAGGGCGGGAGAUGGAGGAGGGCAGGACACGAGCCCUCGCCACGCAACUGGGCCAGGCCCGUUUCGACACUGUCGCCGCCCAGGCGGAGGCGGCUCAACUUCGGUUCGAGCUGGCCGCCGCCCGGCGUCAGUUGGAGGACGCGGGUCGGGACCCAUGAGCGUCGGGCGUUGGGUCGGUCGUUGUCGCGUGCCAGGGGGAGUCUGAGAGGGUGGGUUGGUGGUUGAGAGAUUGGCUGGAAGGCGGUUGUUGUUGUUGGUGCACGGAAGGGGGUUGUCGUUGGGGGGUGUUGGUGGCGCUAGUCGUCGGGCGUUGGGUUGGGUUUUCCUUGGGUCUUCCUUUUUUUGGUUCUUGUUCGAGUCUCGGGAGGUUGGUUGGUCGGUCGGCCCCUUGGCCCCUCGGGAUGGCAUGAGUUAUGCACCGAGGGGGCCAAAUUGUGAGAUGUACAUAGAGAAUUUUCUUCCACAAACGAAAAGAGCUUGGCUUUUGUUUAGGUGGUGGUCAAUGAGGACAAGGAGACACUGACACUGAUACUGACACAGUGCACACAUCACAGAGGACAACCACCAAAACGUCGACACAUACGUUCCAGGAGACGUGUUGUUCUUGGUCGUGACAACAAUAACAACAAACAUUUGUGAAGAUAACAGCAAGACGGUUUUGAAACAGAAAAAAAAUGCGGAAUGCUCACAAGAACCCACGUCGGUAUAAGGUUCGGACUACAAACGACAGUAUUGAAUGAAUACGGAUACCUCGAGAGGCUACGUCGAUCAAUCAGGUCCCGAGAUUGACGCCGAGAGCUUGAUAUGUCUCCGCGAGGUCAGAAACAGUCCAAUGACGUGUGGACGAGCGGGUCUCUUUGCGCGCUGACAAGGCUUUGUGAAGCAAGGAGGUGUGUUUGGACGAGAAGAGAGAGAAAAAAGUGACUCCGCCAAAAGACAAGGUGGAUCAAUCAAUAAUCCAGAAUGCUACAGAUAUGCAAGGGGGGAAAGUUGACAAUGGGUGAUGAUGACAACAAGAAGAGAAGGAAUGUGAGAAGUGAUUGAGUAGAAUCAAGAGGAGGAGGAGAAUUUGACAAUGAACGAGAACGAGCACGAACACAAACACGGGCUCAAACACGAACAAGGUGUUGGAAGGAGGAAGGAGUCAGCAUGGCAUCAUCAUCAUCCUGAGUAUUGGUUUCCAGACAUGGAAUCGUUCAAAGGAUAGUGACAAGGAAACGAGAAUGAAAGAACACCAUGGAGUAUGGUUUGUCACAAGCGUGUACUGACAGCAGUCUGUUGCAGUCGACAAAAAAAGGGCGUCCGGUUGAUUAUCACCAGGGCAGAAAAGGAGAAUCAUAUGCAUUUCGUCG